GCUUAGUGACCACGUGCGUUCCGGUGUCUUUCAAAAUGGCUGCCGUCAAGUCCCUUAAUCCUAAAGCAGAGGUGGCCAGGGCUGCCCAAGCACUCCAGUUGAACAUCAAUGGAGCUAGGGGGCUACAGGAAGUCCUGAGGACUAACCUCGGCCCGAGAGGAACCAUGAAAAUGUUAGUAUCCGGAGCUGGUGACAUAAAACUCACCAAAGACGGGAAUGUGCUGCUUCACGAAAUGCAAAUACAGCAUCCUACAGCAUCUCUGCUUGCUAGGGUAGCCACGGCUCAGGAUGACAUCACGGGAGACGGAACGACUUCAAAUGUCCUCAUAAUUGGAGAGCUAUUGAAACAAGCAGACAUAUACAUAUCAGAGGGGCUGCACCCUCGUAUUGUGACUGAAGGAUUUGAAAAGGCAAAAAUGAAAGCACUUGAAAUUUUAGAGUCUGUCAAGGUUUCUAAGGAGAUGGAGAGGGAUACGUUAGUUCAGGUGGCACGCACCUCUCUUAGGACUAAACUCAGUCCAGAGACUGCUGAUAUACUCACUGAGGUUGUUGUAGACGCAGUGUUGUCCAUACGUAAGGAAGGCCAACCCAUUGAUCUUCACAUGGUGGAAAUUAUGCAAAUGAUGCACAAAUCUGACACAGACACAAAACUAGUGAGAGGUUUGGUAUUGGACCAUGGCGCUAGACAUCCUGACAUGAAGAAGAGGGCAACUGACGCAUACAUACUGACAUGCAAUGUAUCCAUGGAGUAUGAGAAGAGUGAGGUCAAUAGUGGUUUCUUCUAUAAGACAGCUGGUGAAAGAGAGAAGUUGGUUGCCGCUGAGAGGAAGUUUACGGACGAUAAAGUGAUGGAAGUCAUCAAACUAAAGAAGAAGGUCUGUAAUGGUGGUAAUCACGGCUUUGUUGUCAUCAAUCAAAAGGGUAUCGAUCCCAUAUCUCUUGACCAGUUAGCAAAGGAAGGCAUCAUUGCUCUCCGACGUGCCAAGAGGCGUAACAUGGAGAGAUUAGUGCUAGCUUGUGGCGGUGAGGCUAUGAACUCGUUUGAAAAUCUCUCGCCGAAUUGUCUUGGGAAGGCAGGACUUGUUUAUGAGCAUGUACUCGGUGAAGACAAGUAUACCUUUAUUGAAGAUGUUGACAAUCCACAAUCUGUUACUAUUCUAAUUAAAGGCCCAAACAAGCACACAUUAUCACAGAUAAAGGAUGCAGUCCAUGACGGACUCAGGGCAGUCAAGAAUGCCAUUGAGGAUGGGUCUGUUGUCCCCGGGGGCGGAGCUUUUGAAGUUGCUGUGUACACUGCACUGAACUCACCUGACUUCCUCUCUACUGUGUCUGGUCGUGCUAAGUUUGGUGUCAAAGCUUAUGCUGAAGGUCUUAUGGUCAUUCCAAAAGUCCUUGCCCAGAACUCUGGUUUUGAUCCCCAGGACUCAGCAGUGAAGCUGCUAGAAGAGUACGAGAAGGCAAGCGGACAACUGGUAGGACUCAACUUGUCUUCUGGUGAUGCCAUGCUACCUGCUGAUGAGGGCAUUUGGGACAACUAUCGUGUCAAGAGACAAUUACUCCAUUCAUGUACAACUAUUGCUAGUAAUCUAUUGCUGGUUGAUGAAGUUAUGAGGGCUGGUAUGUCGUCACUCAAAGGAUAAGAAAAAACUUACUUAUUAUUGUUACUGUUGGUUAUUAUUAUUAUUAUUAAACUGUUUUCACCUCAAAAUGACACACUACAUUACCAGUUAAUUUAUCAUUUAUUGUACUUUAGAAUAGAGAGAGAGAGAGGGGAGCGAGAUGUCAUGUGUGUAAUAAGACUGUAUGUAGUUUAAUGGACUUUAGGAAUUGAAAAUAAUUAUCAUUUUAAUUUUUCUUAA